UCUUUUCAGCAUCAGUCGUCGUUGAACCUUCGUCUCGUAAGCGACUCAGUCACGACCGUCUGUGAAUCGAAACCGCGAACACAUCAGACAAAAUGGCUACUAUCACUAGGUUGUCGAUCGUAAAAUUCCUCGAACUUCUCUUGGUGUGCAUUCUUAUCGGAUUGCACUACAACUCUUUCAAUGCGGGAGAUCAACAUACUGCAAUGAUAACCAUGGGUACUUUCGGCGGAUACCUAAUUAUCUUGGUUGGCUUGUUCAUUGGCAGUGUGAUGGGAACGCCGGUCAACCGCCGUGUGGACCUUUUCUUUUCUCUCAUUGGAUGCGCUUUGUUCAUCGCCGCGGGUUCGCUGAACAUCGACUAUUUCCAGAAAUUGGUGCACAAGUCAUCUUUCCGCGAUACCGGUUUGGCCAAAGGUUCUCUCAGUAUUAUCGAGGGCAUUGUUUUCCUCGUAGAUGCUUUUCUUACGUUUCGGGGAGAGAAUUGAAACCUGAGUCGUCUUCAAGUAUAACAGGGGACCUGCACGACUCCUCUAUCGGUGUUAAUCACAUUCCGCAAUCGACGGAAAUCUUUUAUGUAAAGGAUAUACUGCCAAGAACUUCCUUGAUAUGUCAAGGAAGCUCUUUUUCUAUAGUCCGGUAGCCAAAGAAAAUAUUUACACAGAAAUCGUAUGGCUUUAUCAAGCUUCGUAAAAUUCAUGAUUCAUACUUUUUA